AGUCGUUACCAGGGCUGAGAAGCCGUCAGUGGAAAGCAGAAGAAACACGUACGAAAUAAGGCCCGACUGUAGUAAUGCUGGGAAGCACAAUAAUAAACCACAGACAACACGUGGGACUGCAGCAGCUGUUUGCACUGGCCAGCGCCGCACACUCCACAUUGGGACCCCAUAAAAAGUACAAGUUCAUUCAGGAUGAAGCUACCGGGGAGUCGAUUCUGGUCGGGUCGUGUUUUCGCAUCCUGGAAAACCUGGACCUAACCACCUGCGCUGUCGGCCAGCUGGUUCACGAGACGGUUCGGGCGCACCAUGAGGUUUAUCGCACGGGGUCCGAAUACCUGCUGUUUUUCGCAGGAGCGUGGAGUCGGGCGGCAUUAUCGUGCUUGCAGCAAGGGAUUCCGACUUUCCGUAUCGUUGAGGCCAUGACCGAGGGGAUGGACUUGUGUGUGGACGUUUGCAAGAAAAGCAGCGUUUCGUUCGAUGCUCUUUGUGCGUCUCCACGGAAACGAGUUACAGAGGCACCAUCUGACACCAAAGUCGGCAAAGGAAAAAGGCAAGUAAAGCUAAGUCGCUAUUUUUGCAACACCAAGCCUGAAAGGAGUCCAGUCCAAGAGCCUCGUCUUCCCGACAUCGCAAACUUGGCAGGUGGACUGAGCCACGGUUGCGAUGACGCAAUGCGUUUAGUCAUCCAAGCCAGUCGUAUCCAGUCGAAAGACAUCCCGAGUUCUGCCUUCGACGUGACUAAAGUGACCACUUGCGUGUUGCCAGGUUUCCCGGAAGAUCACGCUCACAUUUGUCCGGGCUGUGUCGUUCUCCUCAAUGGACAACAGGCUUCUGUGGCCCAUCACCUCAAGGAUCAAUCUCUGGACGUCGUCGUUAUCUGUGGCGAUUUAUCGCACACCUAUCGCCAUCUUGGCUUUAACAGGCCCGCGGGUGUGCAACGUGUCGGUGACCAGUCGGAUUUGUCAAAUUUGAGCGUAGAGGAAGAGUGGAUUGGAAAGGUCCUGGCGCUCCUCUCGCACCUGGAAGUGGACUUGGUGCUAGUCAGUGGGCUCGUCAACGAGGCCGUAUUUCAACUCUGUUCUCAGCAUCGGAUACUUGUAGUUGGAAAAGUUAAAGUGUCCAUUUUAAAGGAGGUGGCUAAUGCAAUCGGAGCGGUUCCGGUCACAUAUGCGACACAGUUGAGUAAGCGCUGUAUUGGCAAGGGUGUUCAGGUCAGCAUAUGGAGGGAAAUUCAGAGCCAUAAGGGGACGCCGUUAACCGCUGCCAAUAUUUAUGCCAGUGCGAGCACCCGGUUGGUCACGGCCGUUAUCACCAGCUGUGUGCACGGGAAGCUGCAGGCCCUGGAGGACCGUUUUUGGGCUUGUGCCUACCGCAUACACCACGCCCUGAAAGACAAAGCGGUGCUGCCUGGCGCUGGAGUGACGGAGAUGCUUUGUAUUCGUCGCCUGAUGGAGAAAGUAGAUGCGGAGAGUCCCAGAGAUGGGACUAGUGGUUCUAACCCCUACCUUGGCAUUGUCCUGCACCUCCUGGCAGACAGUUUUAAAGAAUACCUAUCCACCUUGAUGGCCAACUCCACCGGGAUUUCACAAGUCAAAGCCAGGACUGCGGUGAACCAGAAACUACAAGAUUUCAACGGCAUUUCUGCAGAGUUCUCACAACUUAUCUUGGACUCUGAUGUCCCCCCCUCUAAAAUCUUUGACAAUCUUAGCGUCAAGCAGGAAUCAUGGAGGAAGGCCCUGGAUUUGGUUUUGCUUGUUUUGCAGACGGACGCAGAGAUCAUUACUGGUGUAGAUCAAAGCAAGUGUGAUCAUGCAGAUCUCGUGUUUUUAUGACCUCACAAGAAGAAGAG